CUGGGCAGGGUGUUUAUCCCGGCUGAUCACAUGUGUAUCAGACACACAAGUGGACGGUUACUGGACUAAAAGAUACCUGAAGCAUACCCAUGGGGCUAGAAUAUUGUACCAAAACGGGUAGACAACUCCAAUUGAUCAGUGGCAAUCACCACUCUCUAACAUAUUCUCGAGCCAAAGCAGACCACGUCUUCAGUUCAUUGGGAAAGCGUGCCUUGAAGGAUAGAGACCAAGGCUUGCAACACGCUGCUUCCAAGACCGGGCAGAGAACGAACGUGGGUUCACGUGGCCAGCAUCACGUGAAGCACUAUACUGUAUUUCUCCACAAUUCCCACUCAAACCCAACCCAUGGACUUGGAUUUAGAUCCAACCGCCAAUUUGCUCUCAUACAAAACAAUCUGGAGAUACCCAAGCAGAGAUUGGUCACCAACGCAUUGUCGUCCACAGCGCAUCAUGUGGCGGUUUGGUGCCGAUGCCGAACUCCGAAAACUUUUCAAACAUUCUAUCUUCCUUCUUCAACAUCAACCCAGCCCGAAUGGGGUCGCAGCAAGUGCUCACCAUGACCAUCAAAUCAUUCCAGACAGACGGCUCUACUCCAUGCGCGCGUAGAUGAUUGAUGGAGAAACAUUUCGCCCCAAGGAGACGUUACAGUGCAUCAUCUCCACGGCUCCGUCCGAACAUUCAAGCUCCGCUCCUUUGCCUUUGUUCUUUCGCUUUGACCACGAUUCAUUCUUAAAAUCACCUG